CUGCUCAGGAAGUUCUUCCGGAGUCCGACCGCGUUUCGUGAAGGAGAAGCAGGAGCCGAGACUCUCGGUCCAUAAACCACAUUAAGACCAGGUUUACUUCACCCGUGAGUCACAAUGAACCGCAGCACCACUUUGUUUACGGCAGUGACGAGUUUGACACGCGUCCAGCGUCUCCUGCGGUUUCCGGUCUCCUCCGCGUCCACGAUGCAGCGCUGCCUCAUGUCCUCCAAGCCUGUCGCCGCCGCGCGGCUGCCCAAGAGAGUCAAGCUGACUGCUGGCAAACGCUACGCCUGGUGUGCCUGUGGACACAGUCAGAAGCAGCCUUUCUGUGACGGCGCUCACCGGACGCUGGCUCCCGACAUCCCUCCUCUGCGCUUCACUCCAGACAAAGAGGGCGCGGUCAUGCUGUGCGCCUGUAAACAAAGCAAAAACGCGCCGUACUGUGACGGCUCGCACUUCAAGGUCAUCUUCCAGGAUGUGCUGAAGUCGGUGAAAGGUGUCUUUAAAUGAGCCGCGUGCACAAACCUCAUUCAUCUUGAUUUUUACAUUCAUUUACACAUGUUGUUAUGUUGUUGUUAAAGUAUUUCACUGAUUUGUUUUUUUGUUUUGCAGAAGUGAUUAUAAUGAACAGUAAUCAAUUGCUACCUCUUUAUGUUGUUGUUGUUGUUGUUGUCAAAUAACCUGGGAGCCACUGAUUAGUGUGGUCAGUAGGGGGCGGUCUAGUGUUAUUAUCGCCCUUCUGACCUUGAAUGACAUAACAAUAAUCUAUCAUCAUAUUACAAGAACUUUCCAAAUGUGGAGAAAAUGUAUCGCUCACAAUAAAAAGUUAGAAUUAAGAGAAUACAGAAUAACUUACUUUGUGCUUCAGGAAGAUCAUUCAAAUGAAAUCAGUGGAAACCUUUAGAGAAAAAACUAACCAAACCAAUGAAGAGGCGUUUCCACGGUGACUGUGACUCAUGGGGCCGGCUUUAGUUUUGGUGGAAAUGUUUUGUUUCCUCUUUUUAUCUCGUUGUGUUUCUGGAGCAGAACUUGAAAAUCCUGAACGCUGACGUUCGCUGCCUUCUAAGAUUGUUUGUUUUUCACUUGGCAACAAGUCUGACUCGAGCCGGGCUUAGGAGGAGGUAAAGGAUCAGUAAGCAACACCUGCACUCUGAACUAACACUGAGUAACUGAGUAAGAAUCAUGAUGGCAGCUGUCAGUGCGUACACAAUGUAAACAGCAAUGACUUCAUGCAAACUGAGCAUCACUGGUCUCAUUUAAAAGGAUAUAAAGCAAUGUUGUUUGACUUUGA